AUGUCUACUGGUCACGAAGCAAUCAACCCUAUCCAUCCCACCAUGGUGGGAAAGCUCGAUCCAGAGUUUGAGAAGAUGUACAACGAACACGUUGCAAACACUCCAAACCGUCCAAUCGAUCUUCCACUCCUGAGACAGAACUACAACAAGAUAUACUCUUAUGGUAUUGCUCCAGCUCCUGAAAUCAAAAGCAUUGAAGAUAUCACUUUCAAAAGCUUCGAUGGAGUGCCUGUCAAACUGAGAAUCUACAAGCCAAACGGGUUCUCCGAGACUGAAAAACUACCGGUCCAUAUCGACUUCCAUGGAGGUGGUGCUGCGGUUGGAGAUCUUGACACAGAGGCACAUAUCUUGAAAGAGUACGUUGAGAGAGCUAGGAUUGCUGUUGUUGACGUUGAAUACCGACUAAUUCCCGACUACAAGUUUCCGACCGGAGUUAAGGACUGCUUCGAAGCAGUUAAAUAUGUCUUUGAAAAUGCCGAGACUUUAGGAUUUAACAAAAACUCGAUUUCUGUUGGAGGUGUCUCUGCUGGUGGUCACAUCUCUCUAGCAGUUGACCACCUUUGCAGGGACAUUGGCCUUAAGCUGGUUUUGAUCUGUGCCGGAACUCCUCAAAUUGCUGAUAUUUCGAAUAUUCCUACAGCUCAGGACUCUCCGUACGAUUCUAUCAAGGAGUGUGAGUUUGCUCCAACACUGAACUGGGCUCGUCUUAAGUGGUUUGAUAACAUUAAGUGGCAAUGGCUCGAAGGCCUGACCGAGGAGCAGAAAAAGGAAGAACUUGACAAAAUUGGAUGGCUCAGAGACCUCACUCUUGCUACCAACUUUAAGGAUCUUACUAAAACGUUGGUGUUUACUGCCGGAUUGGAUCCAAUGAGAAGUGAGGGUCUCGCGUAUGCUAAGAUUUUGAUGGACCACGGAGUUGAAGUUGUCUACAAGUGUUACGAAGGUGUGCCACAUCCUUUCCAACACAUGAACAAGAAUUUGUGGCAAGCACGUGAUUUCAUCUACAGAACAGCACUGGAACUUGCUCUGGCCCACAAAACCCUGACUUUUUAA